GGUCCCGCCCCUCUGUCCCUAGAGCAGUUUUCCAUUGGGCUCUGAGUUCGAGGUCGGUGGCCUGGUGUGGAGAGAGGCGUGCGGUUGCGCCUCGCGCGCAGGCGCACUACGAGCCUAGGGGCGGGGCUGGGGGCAAAGUGGGAAGUGGCCCGAGGAGUGGUUCUGAGCGGAGGCAGAGGCGCUCGGGAAGCUGUGGGUGUAGGCUCGUUUGGCAGCAGGGAAGCCCGCCCUUUGUUGUUAGGUAGAGCAGGCGACCGGCCGCGCCCAUGACGUUCAAACGGAGCCGUGGGGACCGAUUUUACAGCACUUGGUGCUGCGGCUGCUGCCAUGUCCGCACUGGGACCAUCAUCCUGGGGACUUGGUAUAUGGUGGUGAAUCUGCUGGUGGGGAUCCUGCUGACUGUGGAGGUGACUCACCCCAACACCGUGGCCCCCGUCAACAUCCAGUAUGAGGUCAUCGGAAACUACUACUCCUCCGAGAGGAUGGCCGAAAACGCCUGCGUCCUCUUCGCCUUCUCCCUGCUCAUGUUCACCAUCAGCGCCAUGAUGGUCUACGGGGCCGCCGCGCACCGCGUGGGCUGGCUGAUCCCCUUCCUCUGCUACCGCCUCUUCGACUUUGUCCUCAGCUGCCUGGUCGCCAUCAGCUCACUCACCUACUUGCCGAAAAUCAAAGAUUAUCUGGACCAGCUGCCCACGUUCCCCUACAAGGACGAUCUCCUGUCGCUGGACUCCAGCUGCCUUCUCUUCCUGGUGCUCGUCUCCUUCACCCUCUUCAUCAUCUUUAAGGCUUAUCUCAUCAACUGUGUCUGGAAUUGCUACAAGUAUAUCAGCAACCGAAACCUGCCCGACAUCGCCGUGUACCCGGCCUUCGAGGCUCCCCCGCAGUAUAUCCUGCCCACCUAUGACAUGGCCGUGAAGAUGCCAGAGAAGGACCCCCCCCCCGCCCUAUAUCCCCGCCUGAUGACGCAGGACGAGACUUUUGUUAAUAAACACUACACCAGCCUUCCCUGUUGUCGCUCCUCGGGGCCCCCCCCCCCGCCUCCUCCUCCUCCUCCUGCGCCUGCCCCCCCCUCCUCCUGCGCCUGCCCCCCCCUCCUCCUGCGCCUGCCCCCCCGCUUCCUCCUGCGCCUGCCCGGACUGCGUCGCCUCCCCCAGAGGACGGCCAGCUUCCCCCGCCGUGAGCUGCGGCCGGAGCGAGGUGCUUCCGGCGGCCUGGCACGUCCCCACGCCGAGGCCCCUGGCCGGGAAGCCGUGGCCCGGGGGCCGCCGGCGUCGGGAGGCCACGUCUUGGCUCUCCCUCUGCUGGAUGAGCUCGCGGCAGCGGCGGCGGCGGCGGCGGCGGCGGCGUUCCUGCGGCCUGCGAGAAGGCGCUCUGUGCCCGUCGCUCCUUCUAAGGCUCUCGAGGCGGGCAGCGCCCGGGCCGGCUGCCCCCACGGAACAAAAUGUAAGCCCCCGAGGCCAGGGCCCCAGCCCAAAGCCAGCGCGUGGCGCACAGCUGCCGUCAUUCACUGGGCAUGGAUGGCGCUGUGGCCCGGAGACCAAGUAAAGCAAGCGGAAAACCAUCGGGCCGAGAAGGGCAGCCGCCUCAAUUAA